AUGAGCCGGAGGGAGGGAAGUCUGGAAGACCCCCAGGCUGACUCCUCAGUCUCACUCCUUCCCCACUUGGAGGCCAAGAUCCGUCAGACACACAGCCUUGCCCACCUCCUCACCAAAUAUGCUGAGCAGCUGCUCCAGGAAUAUGUGCAGCACCAGGGAGACCCCUUCGGGCUGCCCGGCUUCUCGCCCCCGCGGCUGCCGGUGGCCGGCCUGAGUUCCCCGACGCCGAGCCACGCGGCGCUGCCGGCGGCCCGCCGGACGGCCACGCGCGCCGCCACCGCCACCGUCGCCGCGGGCGUCUUCCCCGCCAAGGUGCUGGGGCUGCGCGUGUGCGGCCUCUACCGCGAGUGGGUGAGCCGCACCGAGGGCGACCUGGGCCAGCUGGUGCCCGGGGGCCCGGCCUGAGCGUCUGUAGGCGUCCCUGUCGCUGUAGGCAUGUCUGUCCUUGCCGGUCUCCACCGCCCUGUCGCGGCCGUCUCUCUUUAUCUGUCCUCAUUCUCCUUUCCCCUCUGGACCCCCUUGUCUCCGCGUGCAGCUUCCCCUGGGUCUGCCAUUUUCUUGCUUUCCCUCCCAUUUUCUCCAUCCUUGGGUCUGCCUUAGUCUCUUUGGUCUCCCCCUUUUCUGUCUCUCGGGUCUCUCUUUCUCUCUCUGUACCCAUCUGUUGUCUCCCUUAGCCCUAUGUGAGCGUGUGUACAUCUCAGCCUCGUCUCUCUGUCUCCCUCUGUUCCUCUCUCUGUCCCUUCCUGGCCAGGGACGUGCCUGCUGGUCCUGUGAUGGGAAGGCAGCUCCAGACAAAUUGCAGCCACCUUCCCCUGUCGCUCCACCUGCCGCCUCACUCUCCGCAGUCCCAUCCGUCCCUUUGGGCCCUGCCUCCUCUCCCUUUUAUGUCCUUCUCCUCCUCCACCUUCCUCGGCCCUAUCCCUGCACGACCCCCACGCCCAUCCCAAGCCAGGUCUGUGGAGAGAAAAAGAGCAACGCCUUAAAAGAGUUUUGUUUCUGAAAAUAAAUUAACUUUUUGUAAAUAAA